GGGUCUGGAAGCUCCGGUGGAAGCUGUUCCAAUUGCAGGAGUAGAAAUUUUCUCGGCAUCUGAUUGCUUGUCCCACACAAGGCUUGAUGGUGGCAUUCCUGCUGCGUUGCUGUUCGACCGCGUGGAGGUGGGCCGUCCGAAAACCGGUGAAACUGGAAAAGGGUUAGGGUCAAACCGCAUUCUUGCGCGUCGCACUUUAUAGCAUAGAUAGAGUUGCCGUGCCGCUUGCGACUCUGGCAGUUCAUCUUGUGUCAUCAGUCAUCGGUUGACGAGUUGACGUCGGACGGGAACAACGGGAAGGGAAGUGGAAUUCGGAUGAGGGUGCGCUUCUGCGGGAACCUUGCUCGCCUGACCCUAGCGUUUCAGACCCUGGUUCUUGGAGCUAAGUGGGGAACACGUGAGCCUCGAGAGCUGCCAAGACGUGGCCAGGCUUGGGCUUUGAAUGCCCCUUUUCCUGCGCCAGACUCGACUGAAGGGACGGGAGGCCAUAAAAAGUAUCUUGCACCUCAUCAAUGGAAGGCAAACUCGCAGUGUCUCAUGGAUCUCAGUGGACCUCAACGUUAGUUACAGGUCACGGCAUCAACUUGGGGAUUCCGCACCCUGCGGGCUUCGCCGUUGCUUGUAGGCAGCCUGUUUCCUGCCGUCUGGUUGUUGAGGCCCGAAAGCGCACCUGCAUAUCCUGGACGUCGUGUAAACCAAACAGCCGCGCUUGAGGUGGUGUUCUGUGUCUUGGAUUGGCUGAAUUGCUUGUGUCAUGUUCAUGGGCAGCAGAAUCCAUCGAGGCACCUGGGCAUUGCAUGCAGUUUCAAG